ACCAUGGUGGAGUGAAUGGGAGGGGAGAUGCUACAAAUGGCUACAUAUAAAAGUUCACCUUCCACGCAUACGUGUCUCAGUGGGACUCCAACACAGGCAGGCGACAUGGGGAAAGGUUUCUACAUCAGUAAAGCUGUUGGGGUAGUGGCCAUCAUCCUGUGUGCAGGGGCCCUGGCUACUAUUAUUGCUCUGUCUGUUGUUUACUCACAGGAAAAGGCAAAAAAUAAUAACAAUGUUUUGCCAACUGAUGGAGGACCAACAUCCAAACCACCCGACACAACACCUUCACCUUCACCUUCGCCCAGUGGACCUUGGGACAACUAUCGGCUGCCCAAGAGCCUAGUGCCGGAUCACUAUAAUCUAACCCUGUGGCCGCGACUGACUCCAGAUGCAAAUGGACUGUAUAUCUUUACUGGUUCGUCCAAUGUGGAGUUUAAGUGUGCUGAGGAGACUGACCUGAUUCUUAUACACUCCAAUAAGCUGAACUACACCACGUUGGAGAAUGGCCACUUGGCAAAGCUCACCUCAGUCAAUAGUGGGGUCAAUGCCCCCUCAAUCAAGACUUCCUGGCUCCAGAAUGUGACUCAGUACCUGGUCCUACAGCUGGAUGGUAAACUAAUUAAGGGCCAUAGGUACCACCUCUACACUUACUUUACUGGAGAGCUGGCUGAUGACCUGGGAGGCUUCUAUAGGAGUGAAUACUUUGAGGACGGAGUGAAAAAGGUUGUUGCUACUACUCAGAUGCAGCCAACAGAUGCCAGGAAGGCUUUCCCCUGUUUUGACGAGCCAGCCAUGAAAGCUAUUUUCCACAUCACGUUAAUCCACGACAAAGGAACUGUAGCCCUGUCCAAUGGCGAGGAAAAAGAAUCAAGCAUUGUCCAAGUUGAUGGUAAAGAUCUACUGAAGACUGCUUUUAAGCCAACUGAGAAAAUGUCUACCUACCUGUUGGCGUUCAUUGUCAGUGACUAUACCUUCAUCAAUAACACCAUUGACGGAGUUUUGAUCCGCAUCUUUGCCAGGAAGCCCGCUAUUGAUGCUGGGCAAGGACAGUACGCCCUUAACAAAACUGGACCCAUUCUUAAGUUCUUUGAGGAGUAUUACAAUUCCAGCUACCCUCUGCCAAAGUCUGAUCAGAUAGCUCUACCAGACUUUAAUGCUGGAGCCAUGGAGAACUGGGGUCUGAUCACAUACAGAGAGACAGCGCUGCUUUACGAUGAAGAGUUCUCCUCCAACUCCAACAAGGAGAGGAUUGCUACCAUCAUCGCUCAUGAACUGGCUCACAUGUGGUUUGGUAAUCUGGUGACACUGAGAUGGUGGAAUGACUUGUGGCUGAAUGAAGGCUUUGCAUCAUAUGUUGAGUACCUGGGAGCAGCCCAUGCUGAGCCCAACUGGAACCUGACAGACCUCAUCGUGCUGAGUGAUGUCCACAGGGUGUUUGCCGUCGAUGCCCUUGCCUCCUCUCACCCUCUGUCUUCUAAAGAAGAGGACAUCCAGAAACCAGCACAGAUCAGUGAGCUGUUUGAUGCUAUAUCAUACAGCAAGGGAGCAGCUGUUCUGAGGAUGUUGUCGGAUUUCCUAACUGAAGACGUCUUCACAAGGGGACUCAGAACCUACUUGGCUGAAUUUGCAUUUGGGAAUGCAGUCUACACCGACCUAUGGAAACAUCUGCAGAGGGCUGUUGAUCUUAAUGUCCCUAAACCUCCGGACACUGUCGAAAACAUCAUGAACACCUGGGUGCUGCAGAUGGGUUUUCCUGUGGUUACCAUAAAUACCCAGACUGGGCUGGUAUCCCAGGAGCACUUUCUCUUGGAUCCAGACUCCAAUGUCACUACUGAAUCUCCCUUCAAUUAUAAAUGGAUUGUUCCGAUCAAGUGGAUGAAGACUGGAAUAAUCCAGGAGCCGCAUUGGCUGAAGGUUAAAUCAAGCACAAUUGAUGCGACGAAGGCAUCAGGGACUGAAUGGGUGCUGGCCAAUCUCAACGUGGUGGGUUACUACAGAGUCAACUAUGACGAAGGCAACUGGAACAGACUCCUAAAUUGUCUAAUGGCUGAUCAUAAGCUUAUUCCAGUGAUCAACAGAGCUCAGUUGGUGGAUGAUGCCUUCAAUCUUGCCAGAGCAAAGAUCGUCCCUACUGUACUGGCCCUCAAUACCACCAAGUACCUGAACAAGGAGACAGAAUAUAUGCCCUGGAAGUCAGCCAUGAACAACCUGGACUUCUUCUACCUCAUGUUUGAUCGAAGUGAGGUUUAUGGUCCCAUGCAGAAUUAUCUGAGGAAACAGGUCACCCCCCUGUUUCAAUACUAUAAGACCAUGACUGGCAACUGGAGCAACGUACCUGAUGGACACAUGGACCAGUAUAAUCAGGUGAAUGCUAUCAGUCUGGCUUGUAGGACAGGCCUUGAGGAAUGCCAAAAUCUGGCCAAGACAUGGUUCAAUCAAUGGAUGGACACUAAAACUAACACGAUCCACCCCAACCUGCGUUCCACAGUGUACUGUAACGCCAUUGCAGCAGGUGACGCCAAAGAGUGGGAGUUUGCUUGGGAAGAGUUUCGGGACACCACUAUUGCUAGUGAAGCUGAAAAACUCCGCUCUGCUCUGGCCUGCACAAAUCAACCCUGGCUGCUCAACAGAUACCUGGAGUACACUCUGAUGCCAAACCUUAUCCGAAAGCAGGAUGCCACCUCCACCAUUGUCUACAUUGCCAACAAUGUGGCUGGUCAGUCUCUGGCAUGGGACUUUGUCAGGGCGCGAUGGUCAUACAUUUUCAAGGAGUAUGGUGGUGGAUCAUUCUCCUUCUCCAACCUCAUCAACGGAGUCACCAAACGCUUUUCCACUGAAUUCGAGCUUCAACAGCUGAAACAGUUCAAGGCAGACAACUCUGAGAUUGGAUUCGGCUCUGGGACCCUGGCAGUGGAUCAGUCCAUUGAGAGAACCAUGAGCAACAUAAAAUGGAUCACAGAGAACAAACAGAAUGUUCUGGAUUGGUUCAAAACCGAAGGAAACGCUAACUAAGCCUUGUACCAGCUCUGUGUACUUUUACAGAGUUUUAAAGGUUCUUUUUUUUGAUCAAAAUAAAUCUUGCUUGGAGAAGGAGAUGUCACACAAGUUCAUUUAAAAGCAAAUGUUCUCUAGCUCUGCUUGUUUGUAUGGUCCUGAAAAAUCAUUUACAUCUGCAAAAUUAUCACAUCACAUCAUCUGUAAAAAAUUAAUGGGACCCAAAUUUGCUUGCUGAGCCUUUGUUGUACCUCGGUUUGGUUGAACUGAAAAAGGGACUUGCGGUUUAUUUUGAAUCCUUGAAAGUAGAAGUACUAAUUACACAGUACAUGUUGAUACAUUAAGUUAGACAAUGGGCCAGAGAGGUCUUAGGAAAGGAUGUUAUUUGUUUUAUACUUUAUAUUACUUUAAUCACAGUUUUCAAUAAUCUAAUUGUAUUCCAGAAAUUAUAAUUUUAUGAUUAUA